AUGGUUGCUUUGAAGAACCUCGCCAUCAUUGGCCUAGCCUCAUCCUCCGUGGCUCGUCCUGCGCCAGCAGUCCCGGCUCAAGAUAUUUCUGGCAAAGACCCGCUUGAGAUCUACGCUUCACCUCCGAUCGUGGACCCUGAGGAGCUGAGCGACGCUGCGAAGCGUCAGCUUUCACUCGAAGGGCUGAAGGAACUAUCCUACAAGCCCGUGGUCCACGAGCGCGAUCUUACAGCCGAAGAGAAGCGCCAGCUCUCACUCGAAGGCUUGAAAGAACUAUCAUACAAGCCCGUCAUCCUUGAUCGCGAUCUUACAGACGAGGAGAAGCGCCAGCUUUCGCUCGAGGGCUUGAAGGAGCUAUCCUACAAGCCAGUCAUCAAUGAUCGCGAUCUUACAGACGAGGAGAAGCGUCAACUCUCCCUUGAAGGCCUGAAGGAGCUCUCGUACAAGCCCGUCGUCCACGAGCGCGACCUGUCAGAACAGGAAAAGCGCCAGUUUUCGUCUUCACGCCCGAUCACCGUCUACGCCGGCGUGCCACCCAAGUAA